AAAUACUAAAAUUGUAACCUGGACAAGUAUAAGAGGAGCUCGGAAAGAGAGAAGGACAAUGAGCAGAUAAGAUAGUUAAUCAUCACCGGACUGAUGAAAAGAAAUUUUAAAAACACUUGGCUGUAUAAAGACCAUUCUUGCAAUGUCAACAAAUUGAAGAAGGGACAUAAUUUUGCUGAAGUUGGAUUCUAAUUCUAGAUAAUGAAUUCAGGACAAGAAAACACAGCACUGCAAACAGAUAUUUCAGAUUCCAGGAACGACUCAAGUCAGUAUUCAACCAAGCAAACAGCUACGAUGUCAUCAGUCAAGAAGAAAACUAAGUGCAACCAUAGCUUGAAGAUGUUCAUGGUCGCCUUAACAUUCAGCUUUAUUUGCAAAGCACUAUCAGGAGUUAUCAUGAAAAGUUCUAUCACUCAGAUAGAAAGAAGAUUUGGUAUAACAUCAUCUGAAGCUGGUUUCAUUGAUGGAAGCUUUGAAAUUGGCAAUUUGCUGGUGAUUACACUGGUAAGUCAUUUUGGAGCCAAAUCACACAUACCAAGAAUAAUUGGAAUUGGGUCUUUGAUUAUGGGAAUUGGAAGUCUGUUAACUGCUUUACCUCACUUCCUCAUGGGACCUUACAAGUACAACUCAGUAUUAAAUGUUAACCCACUCGACAAUUCAACAAUAACCUACGCUCCUUGCACAAAUGAUCUCAAAUCAGCUGGCAAUAACAGAUCAUCCAUACUAUUAGAGUCAGGCUGCAAACAUGAAUCUGGUUCACUCAUGUGGAUAUAUAUAAUGAUUGGAAACAUGUUACGUGGGAUUGGGGAAAGCCCAAUUGGACCCCUGGGAAUCACAUACAUUGAUAAUUUUGCUAAAGAAGGACAUUCUACUUUUUACAUGGGCAUUUUGCAUUCAUUUGCAAUGGCUGGCCCAAUAACGGGAUUUCUGCUCGCAUCUUUCUGUGCAAAACUGUAUGUGGACAUUGGAUCUGUAGACCUAAGUACUAUAACAAUUAAUCCAAAUGAUUCCCGUUGGGUUGGUGCUUGGUGGCUUGGCUUUCUUAUAGUAGGAACACUUGAUAUUGUUUCUGGGAUACCAUUCUUUUUCUUUCCUAAGAAUCUGAAGAAAGCAAGAAGGAAAAGCACUGGUCCAACCCCUUUGGAUGGACCUAGUACCAAUGAAAAUAGAAGCCAAAAACUGAAUUGUAAAAAUUCUGAGCAAACAAAGAAGACUAGUAGUUUGGCAGGUUUUUUCUACUCCUUAAAAUGUAUCAUUACUAACCGGUUGUAUGUUUUGUUCUUGAUUUCAUCACUGUUGACUGUUAGUAGCUUUAUUGGGAGUAUUACCUAUAUUCCAAAAUUUUUAGAACUGGAGUAUGGCAUGUCCAUGUCUAAAAGUAACUUUUUUCUGGGAACAACAACAAUGCCUGUUGUUGCUAUUUCAGUUUUCCUAGGAGGAUAUAUUUCUAAAAAAUUAAAACUGAGUGUGCUUGGACUUGCCAAACUAUUAUUUAUUUCCAGAACUGGCAGCUUAAUUCUCUCAAUUUUUAUUUGGAUAUUAAAUUGUGGAGGUCAACCAAUAGCUGGUUUAACAGUAACCUACAAUGGAAAAGACCCAGGGACACUUCAAAACAUCCCAUUAUCUUUCUGCAACUCAGACUGUAAUUGUGAUACCAAUAUAUGGGAUCCUAUCUGUGGGGAUGAUGGACUCACUUACAUGUCCCCCUGUUUGGCUGGAUGUAAAUCUUCUGAAGGCCAUGGAACGGACUUGGUGUUCCAUAACUGUAGCUGCAUUGAAGCUAACAAUUUCCAGUCUGGAAAAUCCUCAGCUUAUUUGGGCAAAUGUUCAAAGACAGAUGAUUGUUCAAGAAAUUUUAUUUAUUAUAUGAUAGUAACUGCUACAAUUUCCUUUGUCAUUGGAAUGGGAGGUUCCUCUGCUAUAGUUUUGACUUACAGAUUUGUUGAGCCUGAACUGAAAUCACUGGCAAUGGCUUUUCAUUCAGUGGUUAUACGAACACUAGGAGGAUUUUUGGCUCCUAUUUAUUAUGGAGCAGCAAUAGAUGUAACAUGCCUAAAAUGGGACAUCAAUAAUUGCGGGGUUCAAGGAGCUUGUAGAAUGUAUGACCCUGCUUCAUUCAGAAAAAACUUCUUUGGCUUGAAUGGGGGACUGAGAGCACCAGAGAUCAUCUGUUACAUCUUCUUGUACAUUGCUCUAAAGAAAAAAUAUCAAGAAAACAACACUGGACCUUCUAAUAAUGGAGGAAUAGAUGUGGAUCAAUCAAACCUUAAAGAGCUUUUAAAAAAUGACAAACAGUUGGUAUCCUCUGCUCAUGCAGAAAGUGAAAGCCACAUUUAACAUUAACAAUUACUUCUCCACAACCAAGGCUCCUUUGCUUCCUUCUUUAAUGCUAUCGAGAAACAUCAAGAACAAAAGUGUUAGCUAGUAGAAGACCCUCAAUUCAUUUACCUUGUUCUUUUUGAGUUGAAUCUGAAGAGUAUUAUUGAAUGACUAUUGCUUUUCUCUGCGAAUUCUUAUCCUUUUUAUUCGUUGUUGUUGUUGUUGAGUCAUCCAAUUGUGUCCGACUCUAUGUGACCCCAUGGAUAUUUUUCCAUGACAUUUUCUUGGUGCAGAUACUGGAAUGAUUUGCUAUUUCCUUUUCCAGUGUGUCCCCAUUUUACAGACGAUGCAAAUAAGAGUUAAGUAAUUUGCCAAGGGUCACACAGCAGUAUGUGUCUGAGGUCAAAUUUAAACUAAGAUCUUCCUGAAUCCAGGUCCAUGGCUAUCCACUGCACCACCUAGCUGCCCUUUUUAUUCUUACAGAGCAUUAAUUAAGCAUAUGAAACUGAUAAUGAACAAAGUCCAAAUGGAAAGAGAAUAGCAGAAGAUAUCUUGCUUUGUGGGUGUAAGGAAAAUGCAUUGUGCACAUUUCAUGGAUCAUUGAAAGUAAUUUGUGAGAUUAAUAAAUAAUAAUUAUUUCUAUCAAUUACUCAAA